AUGGACGUCUACGUCGUCGUUUCAAUGAUAGACUCAGCAGACAACCACAACCUACGUUCAAACAGCAUUCAGAAACAGAGAACACCUAUUGACAAAAAAGGGGACAAGAAUCCUACGUGGAACUAUACAAUAUCUUUCACCAUAAACGACGUCGUAGCUCGGCAAAACCGCCUCUAUAUUCUGUUCGAGAUAUUCUCCAGCCGGUCAUUCCCGGGAGACAAGCUCAUUGGGAAAGUACAGGUGCCAGUCUAUGAUCUCCUCAACGGUUACGGUGACCGGAAAGACGCCAUUUUGGUGAGUUAUCAGGUGAGGAAGCGGUCUGGUAAGCCAAAGGGUGUGUUCAAUGUAUCCUACAAGUUUGGGGAGAAGUUUACGGUCAGUGGUAGCGUAAACACAAACUUUGCGAAUCCGAAUCCGAAUCCGAAUACGAGCUAUCCUUAUCCUCAGCCGCCUGUGUACGCGUACCCGGCACCACAAACAGGGUACGGGUACCCGUAUCAGGGACAAGGACAUGGAUAUCAAAGGAGGAACAAUAUGGGAAUGGGGAUGGGUGCGGGUGCUGGGUUGUUGGGUGGGAUGUUGGGCGGGAUGUUAAUUGGAGAUAUGGUGUCUCAUGCUGGUUAUGAUGGUGGAUAUGAUGGUGGCUUUGAUGGUGGAUAUGAUGGCGGGUUUGAUGGGGGAUUUGAUGGUGGCUUUGAUUUCUAG